CAGAUGGCCUGCAUCGAUGUCACUCGACACAAAAUAACAAACAAUGGCGACGAACAAAAUCAUCCGUCUGAUCGCACCAAGCCGAUCCGCCUCCUCUAGAUUCAUGGAGCCUGUAUCACGCUUUCUAAGCUCCGGUACUCCUCCGCCGCAGUCACCAUCACCGUCUCCGAAUGAGGAUCAGGUUGUGAAGCCAGAUCAGAAACUUCAAGAGAAUCUGCAGAUGCCCAAGGAAGAGGAAGAUGAUGAAGAAGGAGGAGGAGGAGGUGGAGAGUUUUUCAACAAAGAUACGGGUGAGAUCGGAGGGCCUAGAGGUCCUGAGCCGACUCGUUACGGCGAUUGGGAACAACGUGGUCGAUGCUCCGACUUCUGAUUGAGACGUGAUGAUCCCAAGUAAAUCUCGGUCCUUGUUCAUCAUUUUGAUUCCACAGGAAUUAAAUUCACUUUCUAUAAGUUGUUUAUGUAUUCGCAAAUAAUGGACAACACAGAAGAAAAAUUAAGGAGAAGUUGGAACUAUGAUUUGUCUGGAUUCCUUGUGUUGCUUAUGUUGAAUGUUUAUUUAUUUGAAUACAUAAGUGAAUUUGCUUAUGUUGUAAAAUUA